GAAGAAGACUGCACCUCCGACAGUCCGUCCGUGGGCACUUGGUCUGUCCUAGAAUGUGGGGACAAUAUUCUGAGUCCGGAAUUGGGUGAGGAGUGCGACUCCAACCUCGGGACAAACGAGACCUUCUACUGCCGUAACAACUGCAAACUGGUCCAGAACCAAUGUGGCGAUGGCGUGGUGUACGAUGAUGAAGAGUGUGAUUAUGACUCCGGAGUUAAUACCUUCAAAGACACCACAAUAGACCCGGAUACCAACCGAUGCGUACAGAAUGGAGAGUCUGGCACUCCCUGCACAGUAGAACACACCGUGUGCGGAGAUAACAUAAAAACCGACAACGAGCAGUGCGAGGAGAAGGGCGAUGGCUCAGGUGAUAUACUACCAGACAACAAGAACGACGACUCGUACUGUGACGAUGAUUGCAAACUACAGCCGAUUAUUGAUUGUAGUGUAGGUAUACGUUUCAUGUUUGAAUAAUGG